CAAGUGCUUCAGUACCAGACACAACUCGUUACGAGCAAUGGAAACAUGAAUGCUUGUGUGUCCAGAAUGAUCUCAAAAAAGCUUUGCAUUUCGUUCAGCAGAUGAGAGAGUGUGUCAGCGAUUUUGAAAUGGACGACGGUUUUUUGAGUAUUUUGCUUCAUCAUGAUACGUCUCUUGAAGAGAGUCUCAAGUUUGAGUCGAGCGGGGAUCGUCUAAUACAUCUUUUAGAACGAGCUCGCAGAGAACCCAACAAGAAAUGGUUGCAAGAGGAGAUGACCAGAUGGCAAGACCAAGCAACUCUACGGCAAAAUACUCAGAAAGAGAUUUAUGAUGCGUUUCGAUCACUGGUGCAGAGUUGGACAAGCAAAAACCUUGACAAAGUGUCUGAACUUGUGGAGAAUGAGGAUAAACUAUCAGGCCAGCUGCAAAUUAUGAAAAACGCAAAAGAAACAGCUCAAAAUCAGCUGAAACCUGAUCGGUGAUAAAUUACUCAGUGUUGAUUAAUGUGUUGAUGAACUAGAAUUUCUUAAUUUAGUUGGCGCAUCUCAAGAAAAGCCGACUCAAGAGGGAGACACUGCCAAAAAUAUGUGCAAUAAUACUUUCAAAACAUACAGCUAAUCCAACUGCCAAUUUUUUAGUAUAUUUUAUUUUUGUAUGACCAUUCUUUAUGUUUUAUUCUAUUUUAUUCUUGUACGAC